CCUUUUACCAUUUUAAUGGAUGCUGGGUUAAAUGUGACAUAUAUAACUCUGAAUGGACAUGUGGAGGUUCACAGAUACAGAUAUCUUUAUUUUGUGAUCAUGUUGACUGCUUAUAUUCUGAUAAUAUGCUGCAAUGCCACCAUUGCAUAUCUCAUUGUUAUUCACAGUGACCUCCAUGAGCCCAUGUACAUCUUUAUUGCUGCUUUGUUGAUCAACUCUAUUCUUUUCAGCACUAACAUCUACCCAAAGCUUCUGAUUGACUUCUUAUCUGAAAAACAGGUAAUUGCUUAUCAAACUUGUGUCUUUCAGGUAUUCAUAUAUUACACUUUAAGCUUUGCAGAAUUUUUAUUGCUGGCAGCCAUGUCCUAUGACAGAUAUGUGUCUAUAUGUAAACCUCUGCAAUAUCCAAUGAUCAUGAGAAAAACAACAGUCAGUGUUUUGCUUGCUUUAGCCUGGCUUGUGCCUGCCUGUCACAUUAUGGUACCUGUUGUGGUAGUCACUAAAAACAAGCUCUGUAGAUUUAGUAUGAAAGCAAUUUUUUGCAACAACUCCGCUUAUGAUGUUUUCUGUGCAAACUUUACAGCAAUGUUUAUAUUUGGUGUAGUUAUUCUAUUUGACAUUGCGAUCUUUCCCAUGCUCUUUAUAAUUUUCACAUACACAAGAAUAUUCAUAGUAGCUCACCGGAGUUGUGGAGAAGUCAGGAGGAAGGCUGCACAGACCUGUUUGCCUCACCUACUGGUUUUAAUCAACUAUUCUUGUUUGGUUGGGUAUGACGUUAUUCUUGCUAGAUUGGAGUCGGAUGUCCCAAAGAUUGCACAUUUUAUAAUGACACUGCAGAUUUUGAUAUAUAAUCCUCUCUUCAACCCAAUCAUAUACGGCCUGAAAUUGCAGAAAAUCUCCAAACACUUAAAAAAAUUAUUAUCUCUGGCUGAAAUGAAUUAA